AUGACGCCCUUGUCGCCCAGCGAGCAGGAGCGCCACCGUGAGACGGCGAGCCCGGUCCCCAACGCCCCGCCGCCGCCGCCGCAGGGAUCUGGCCCCAGCAAAACCCAGCGGCCUGCGGUGGCGACCGCCAUGAUGCCGGGCGGUGGCGGCACGGAGAGGGCGCGGGAAGGGCGCCUCGCCGGCGCCGUCUCGUGGAUGGCGGCGCUUCUCCUGGCCGCCGUCGUCGCCGGAAGGGACGCCGCCGUCCCGCGCAAGAAGCGGGGCCCUCGCGUCCGAGCCGAGACGUCCCGAUGGUGGUCCUUCAGGCUCCCCGUUCCCCCACCACCGGCGACCCCGAGGGCGGGGACGUGUGGCGACUGCGGCGUGACCAAGACGUCGCAGUGGAGGACGGGGCCGAUGGGGCCCCGCACGCUCUGCAACACCUGCGGCCGCCGGCGCUGGGCAGCCGGGGAGCAGUGGGGGGAGCCGCGACGCCGCCGGCGGGCGACGACGCCGACGACCGUCUCAGACCAGCCGCCGCCGCCGCCACCGGACGGUCCCGUCUGGGAAGGCCCACUUCCCGAGGGGUACCGGACGGCACGGAGGAACGCGGCCAAGGGGAGUUCUCCAUCGCCUGCGCCCGCGACGGCUACCACGGACUCCGACAAGCCGGCGCCGCAGAACAAGAAGAAGAACAAGAGGCGGCUGCUGCCGGAGUACCGCCCGCAGGCGAGCCCCACCUUCGACAAGGAGAACCACGCCAGCAUGCACAGCGAGGUGCUCGAGCUUCGCCAGCAGAGCAAGAACAAGCAGAAGCAGCAGCAGCCUCCGGCACUGGCGCAGCCGCAGCCCAUGGACGACACCCAGCAGGAUGUCGACCACCUGAUGCCGCCGCCGCUGCCGCGUUGCGUCGCCAACGAUCUGCGCGUCGGCGCCACCGACGGCGACUCGGCCAACAAAGCUUCAGGUUCAGGUGCGGCCGUCGCGUCGACUGACCCGGUAGGCGAGGCCAGCUCUCUGGAUCCGUUCCUGCUCGACGGGCCGGCAGCGCCCAUGGUCGUCGACGAACCCUGCUGGAUGAUUGCUGGAUCAUCGACCCCAUGA